AUGAUAUAUAAAAAUUAAAAACAAGAAGAGGACUAAUUAUAUCCAUCUAAUUACAUAGGGAAAUUUUUAUGUAAAUUUUAAACAGAUGAAGGAUUUGCAAAAAGAAAUAAUCCAAAAUAAAAAUAUAAGAUAAACAUUCUAUCAAUUCCAUUAUAAAAAAUUAAGGAUUUAAAAUUUCAUCAAAAAAGAUUAUUUGUAAUAGGAGGAGGAACUCUACAAGAGAAUAGAACUUUAUUAUGCAAAGUAAAAAAAGGAGAUGAAGAAAUUUAUAAACUUUAUAAUAAAUAUGGGUAUAUUGAACAUGUUUUUGAUGAAUUAUGGUAUUUCUUAAUCAAUGCUGGCUAUGUUAAAUUAAGAGUAAAUUUUGUUGACUUUGUUGUUGAAAAUAAAACUAUAACAUUAACAGAAAUUCAAGUAUUCUUUACAGAAUAAGCAAUAAAUGACAAUUAUGAACUGAAAAUUUUAAGGUAUAAUAGAAAAAAUGGAAUAAAAAAAGGUAUGCCAAAAUAUGAAAAAUACUAAUAAUAAUAAUUAUUUCAUUAAGAAGAAAUCAAAAUGGAAUAUUAAAGAUUUGCUAGACUUUCUUUAUUACUUAUGUUUGACUUUAUGAACAUUUAAGUUGAAACUCCAGCACUUGUUAAAUCAGAUAAGUAAUUUAAAAUAUUUUUUACAUAAUAUUGUUAUUUUCAUGAGAGAUACAAAUAAUAACCUAUAAAUUAAUUAAUGAAGUCUUAUCAUAGACCAAUUAUUGAGAAUCACAAUUACUUUAAUACUUAUAUUAAUAAUAAACAUUUUUAUAAUAAAUUAUUUCCUUAAGAUUUGAUUAGAAAAUUGGCAUUAUAAAAAUAAGGAGGUUUUAAAUAUAUAUCAAAUAAUUAACCAUAUAAACCUAAAAUUGAAAAGAUUCAUCCUCUUUUUCAUAUUUAAUUUUAACGUGUUGCAGUUGCAUUUUAUGAAGCAAUUCUUAGUUUUAUUAGAAGAUCAAUGAGUUCAGUUGUUAAAUAAUAAUAACCAACAUAUUCAGAUUAUGUUCUCAAAACAAUAUUUUUAUCAACAGUUCCAUUAAAAAAUAAUUAUUUAAAUGAUGCUUUAUAUUAAUAAUAACAUUAAAACUUUAUUGAUGAAAGAGAAAAUUUUACUAAUAAUUUAAAUGAAGAUAGUGGAAUAGAAUUAUUGAGUGAUGAAAAAAUAAGGAUUUAUGAAGAUUCUAAAAAUCAAAUUUUAGAUUAUUUUUAUGUUGAUUAUGUUGUACAAGUAGAUAAAACAUAAAAAAAUCAUUCAAAUUUAUUAAAUUAAUAACAAGAAUCUUAUUUUGAAGAAACAAAACUUCAAUAAAAAAAAUAAAAUGAAGAUAUUUUAUAAUAAGAUUUAAAUAAUAUAUUUGUUUGCAAUACUUAAUUGUAAGAAUACAAUACACCUAAGUAAAUGUUAUCAUAAUUAAAAUAACAUUAAAAAUAAGCAUUAUAUUGGAUGCUUUUGAGAGAAGGUCAUAUAAGUGAAUCAAAUAAAGAUUAAAAAUAAAAAUUAUCACCUUUAUGGUAAUAACUCAGACUUAUAAAUGGUGAUACACUUUAUGUAAAUACAUUUACAGGAAAGAUUUCUAAAGAAUUUAUACCAGUUUAAGAAACUAAAGGUGGAAUAUUAGCAGAUGAAAUGGGAUUAGGUAAGACAAUUAUGGCAUUAGCAUUGAUAUUGGAAACUCAUAAAAAAGGUUAAUAAACAUUAAUAGUAGUUCCAAAAUCUGUAUUAUUAUAAUGGGAAAAAGAAAUUUAAACUCAUUCUAAACCUAGAAGUCUUUAAGUAUUAGUAUAUUAUAAAUAAUAAUCUCGAAGUUAGAAAAUCAAAUUAAAAGAUUAUGAUAUAAUUUUAACAACUUAUGCUAUUUUGGCAUCUGAUUAUUCAAUAUGGACAUAAAUAAAUGAAAUUGAAUCAGAAUAAUCAGAAUAAAAAUAAGAAUAAUAAGAAUAAGAAGAAUAAAAAUAAAAAUAAUAAAAAUAAUAAUAAUAAUAAUAAAAAUAAUCAUAAAAACUUAAAUAAUAAAAUUUUUAGGAAGAAGAUUAGUCUUUUUCUAGUGAUUCUAUGUCUGAUGAAUCAAUUUCAUAUUCUAUAAGCAAUACAAAAAUAUCAGAGGAAUAGAAAGAAGAAGUUAAAAAUUAAUAAAAAAAGAAAAAAUUAACUAAGAAAUAAUUAGAAAAAGCAAAAAAAGAAAAUAAUUUGUUUAAAUAAAAUUAUUAUAGAGUUAUUUUGGAUGAAGCUCAUAAUAUAAAAACUAGAUCUACACUAUAAACUAGAAGUGCUAUAUCUUUAUAAAGUCAAUUUAGAUGGUGUUUAACAGGAACACCUAUGUAGAAUAAACAUGAUGAUUUAUUCAGUCUACUUUAAUUUUUAUAAGUAGAAACAUUUUCAGAAUAGUAAAAUAUAAUAUUUAUUAUUUAGUUUUUGGUGGAAUACAUAUGUAAAUAAAGAAGAAAAUGAAGAUGAUCAAUAAAGAAUUUUAGCUUAAAUACUAUAACCCAUAAUAUUAAGAAGAACAAAGAAUUCAUAAUAAUUUGAAGGUUUAUAAUAAGUAGUUGAGACUAUUCAUUGGGUUGAAUUGGAUUAAAAAGAGAAAAUGCUUUAUAAAAAGUUAUUAUCUGGUUCAUAAAAUCUAUUCAAAAAUUAUGUGAAGAAUACUGCAAAUCAAAGUUAUGUUCAUAUUUUUUAGAUAAUUAAUAAACUAAGAGUAGCAUGUAAUCAUCCAUAAUUGGCUCUUAAAGAUAUUAAUUUAUAAUAAACACCUUUAGAAAUGGUUUUAGAGAGAAUAGAUAAAUUUUUUUUAGAAAAAACUCAUAAUGGAAAUAAAAUAACAGAAGAAUAUAAAUAAAAUUUAAUAGAAAAUAUAAAAAAUGGAAGUAUUACAGAAUGUUUAAUAUGCACUAAAAAUUAAAUUAGUGUUUUUAGUUUAUCUUCAUGUGGACAUAUUUAUUGUAAAGAGUAAUAUAAUAAUUAUAUAAAUUAGAUGUUUUAGUGAAACAGUAAUUAAACUUAAAAAUUGUCCAUCUUGUCGUACUAAAUUAACAAUAUAAGAUUUAAUUGAAGUUGUUGUAGAAAAUGAAAAUGUAUUUGAAGAAUUAUAAAGUUUAUAAUUUGGACUUAGUUCAAAAUUAGAAGCUGUUAUUAAAGAAACUAAAGUGAUUAAAUAAAAAAAGGAAAAGGUUCUUAUUUUUACUUAAUGGAUUGAAAUGAUUGGAUUAUUAGAAAAUCUAUUUAAAGAAAAUGGAAUUAUUGCUUAUCGUAUUACUGGUUAAAUGACAGUGGAUAAAAGAGAAAAAAUAAUUAAAAAUUUUAAAGAAUAAUAAAAUGUUACAGCACUUAUAUUAUCUUUAAGAGCAACAUCAACAGGAUUAAAUUUAACUAUGGCUAGUAAUGUUUUUUUAGUAGAUCCAUGGUGGAAUGUAAAAUUAAUAUAAUAUAUUAUUUAGCCAGCAAUUGAAGAUUAAGCUAUAGGUAGAGCUGAUAGAAUUGGAUAAUAAAAUCAAGUUAAAGUAGUCAGAUUUUUAUGUAGAAACACAAUUGAAUAAUAAAUAAAUUUAUUGCAUCAAAAGAAGAAAUUCUAUAUUAAAAGAGCACUUAGUAAUAAUCAAUAAAAGGAAUAAGAAUUUGAAGAUUUCAAAUUUUUAUUAUUUUAAGAAUGA